GUUAAGGAACGACUGAUUUUUCUUGACGAUAACUAAGAAAGCAAAAACGAAAAAUGUCAGGAAAAGGUGUAGGUUAUAUCAGAUUACUAUGGACUAAUUUUAGAACAUCUUUACAGACGAUUGCUAGAACUAAAGAAGUAUUUAUUGGAAAGGAUCAUAUUGGUAAUUUGUAUUAUGAAAAACAUACCGGUACUCGUCAUGCAGAGAAAUUGAAGCGUCCUGCUAGAUAUAUAAAAGAUGUGAACCCUAAGAGUAUAGCUGAGCUUGAAGCACCACUUAUCCCUAAAGAAUGGGAAGCCUGGUUGAGACACAAACGAAAAGAUCCACCAACUGAUAAGGAAUUAGAAGAAAAUUAUGUAUAUUUAUUAAGGACACAAAUGAGAUCUGAAGAACUAGAGGAAAAAUCAUUGAAAAGUGGAGAAUAUAAACAAGAUGAACAAUUUGAUACAAAAGAAAAAUCAACUGAAUUUCCUAGAUACUCAGAUUUAGAAAGAAAGCCUGGUUUAAAGAGGAAUCCAGAUGAAGAUGGUAAAGGAUGACACAGGAUAUUUUAAGCAAUCUGUGCCUUUGUUGAGUGUUAGUUUUUAUAUCUCUCUUUUGGAAUAAAUGCAUAAAAUAUCUAUACCAUAGUCAUUUGCUGAAAUUUUCUCUCUGUUUUGUCAGAUUAGCAUUGAUUGUAACUAUGUUGUGCCUGGUUGAUGUACAAUGUAGACAAUUACUGAAGACAUUAGUUGCAAUUUAUUGGUCUUCUACUCUCUUAAAAUGUUACCGACAUGUAAUUGACAUUUCAGAAUUCUAGUAAAUGUAUAUCCAU